UUACCGAUUUUGGUGUCCGAAGUAUUACGGCGGCACAAAAUUGAAGAAAUCGGGUGCUGAACGAACGAAUAGUUUUACCGGUACGACACCAUACAUGAGCCCGGAGAUGCUUCUUGGGGAGCCACAAGAUGCCCGCAUGGAUUGGUGGAGUUUUGGUUGCAUCCUUUUUGAAAUGGCAACGGGACGACGGCCCUUUGAAGGGGAGAGUCAAUAUGCUGUCGUGCAGUCUAUAGUUGAGCGUGAUGUACAAGUUUGCCAAGAUGACUUUCUUCUCACAUCACUGGAAAUAGAGAGACGUGUAAUGCAAUUGCAGGAACGGUACGAAGCAUUCUUGGUUCGAGUAGUAGGGCAGAUUAAAAAAUGCAAAGAAAAUGGGAGUAUGACAGAGGAAGAACGAACACAAUUUAGUGGUUCCCUUGAGGACGCACAAUCGACGUUUACUGUAGAUGCAGCUCCCGCGCUGCAUGAUACCAGCUCUUGUGGUAGCAAAAAUUUACUUGGCGAUGUUACACGAAGUUCGCUGGGUGAAGCAUUUUGCCGCACCUUUAGCAGUGAAACACUGAACGCAAAAUCUUCCAUGACUAUUGAAAAUCAAGCCCUGUUUAUGAAUUUUGCCGUGGGAGAGUUAGAUGAGGCGUGUGAUUUGUUAAAAGACCUUAUCUGUUCACUGUUGGAGCGCCGUACCGACCGGCGCUUAAGUGGACCAGCGGUGCUCGAACAUCCAUUUUUCUCGUGUCCGUAUGUCUGUUCCCAGAUAUAUUACAAACAUGAUGCUCGCGUGGAUCCCGGCGACAUUUCUGGCUUUUACGUCCCAACGAAGUGGAAAAACAGUUUUUCUUCAGGCGGUCACUUUGCAGAAGAUGAGGAGAAAAAUGAAAAUGGUGAGAAAAAUGACGGAAAUGAUGCGGAAGAUGAUGAUGGGGGCACAACGGAGCUUCAAAAGCAUCUUGGUGCUGCGCGCUUCCUCGCCCAGUCCCCGACCCAGCGGCCCGACAACUGGCGCGAGCUCUUUUUGGAGGGAGUGGUGUCAUCGUUGUAUGUUCCCCGCCUCUUGUCGGCGGACGAUCUGCGUUACUUUCCACAUGCCGUGACGGCGAUGGGGGAUAGUGUUGUCACUCAGCAACGUGCUCUGCGGGAACAGAUACGGAGAAAACACGGUGUGCUGCAUCCACGCGAAGGUGAAGGCGACCACCAGGCUUCUCCCCUCAGCGUCACCCAUAAAGGAGGCCAUCCGUUGCAUCAAGAAAAUCAAAUGAGUGAAGAAGACGAGGAUGUUGAGGCUUUGCCACACUCAGUUUCACAGCGAAGCUCCUUGGUAGCGUCAUUGAGGGGGAAUAAAAAUGCGGCUUUCGCAAAUGAAGAGCCAUUAUUUAUGGGAGAAACAGUCAGCAGCUUGGCAUUUCCACACCAUGAUACUUUCAGCGUCUACUCACUUUCGAGUCUGGAGGCUUCACCUGCAAAAUAUCCGUCUUUGCUGGCAAAGUCAUAUGGCAGGUCAUAUAACAAAGAGUGUUGUAAUGAAAUCGGAAGAGAAACUGUAACGGAGCCAAUGGAAGAAUCCUCUCAUCGCCUAAAAUUGUCGACCUUGGACCUCUCUUAUUCCACCUCAGCAGAAGCAGCAAAAGCAACAGCAAAAACACCGGAAACAACGCUUGGAGGGGUUUUAGCGGAAGUGGCACCUUCCCUCAUUUCUCAUAGCUUUCCUUUGGAAUUGGGAGAGUCACAGACUGCUGCCCACCAAGAGUUGCACCCCGACUUGGGUAGAGCGUACACAGCUCCAUCGGAAAUAUUUACAUCUACGCCCACCAAAUCAAGGGAUGCUUUACCUCCAUUUAAUUUAUUCACUGGGGAUUUAGGGGCAAGAGAAGUCCUAUCGUCUGACACGUCUUAUGUCACCACUGAGGAUGAAGACAACACUGGGAAUGCAUUUGACGAUAUUAAAGAUCAAACACCGGGGACACUUCAUGGUA